AGGGCAACUAGAACGCGCGAGACGUAACGUUUCCCUUUCAAAAAUACGUGCUCAGCACAGAAAAAUAACACAACGCAUGCUUUUACGAGCGAGAUCCCCUAAAAACGAAGAGAGAGAGAGAAAAAAAGAUGAUAGAAAAUCCUUGGAAGCCACUUAUUGCCGACCCACGCUUCAGCGCACCCGCUCCGUUUGCGCGACGCUCAUGGAUUCAUCCCAACGCGCCCAGAGAUGACUUUGAUCGGGUCUGUGAAAUUAUUUGGAGCAGAACCCAUCUGACGGGCAAAGGUGAAAGUUCAGCGCAGAGGCCGCUGGAUCCGGACAACAUCCUCACCAACAGCGAACUGAGUAACGGCGCUGAGGAGCAGCAGAGAGAGGCAGCUGAUUCAGGUGUGAGCACGCCGGAUGAGGAGAAGAACAAGUCAUCUGACGCUGACUUUACUCAUCCCUGUCGUUAUCCCGUCGGCCACAGUUCACCCAGGGCUGAUGAUGAGAAUCAGAAGGAAAAGGAUGAUCUCUUCCCAGAAACAAAGUCCAAGGAGGACAGCAGGGCUGAUGAGGGACAAAAAAAGAUGAAAUGUUUGGCUCUCAGGAACCAGCACGAGAAGGACAAGAGACAACACCACACUGAGUUCAAUCUUCCUUGCCCCUCUGUCUCGGACUGCAGAUGUCUCCAUGUUGCCAAACCUGCGCAGGUAAAAUGUGUGAAAGAAAACCUGAAGAGCGGAAGAACAUCUACCAAGAAUUCAGGGGUUCCUCAGGCUAGUGCUGAACAUGAAAAGAAUCCAGGAGAUCCCGUCUCACCUUUUCCUGCUAAACUACACCAGCCUUCAUGUCAAAGAGAACACGAGCGAGACACUGAUUCUAGUAAUGAUGAUGAUUCCGUCCCUCUGCUUGGGGUAAAAACGUGUCCUUCUGAUGGCGGUGAGGCCGCUGCAAAGAUUGGCAUGGAGGACGGGGAGAAAAAAGAACUCCCACGUUUUUCUGAAUGCAGCACCUCUGACAGGGAGCAGGGUAUCCUAUUUAACACGGAAACCGACUUUCCUCAGCUACCCACCAACAAGGCUGGCAUUACGCUCUGUCCCACCGAGCCUUCAACCUCGAGGAAGGUGCAUAGCCAGUGGGAGAUUCCCUUCUCAUUCCACCCACACCAGGCUCCCACUGCCUCUUUGGCGAGUGGCACGAGUGCCCCUGUACAGGCGCCAAUCCAAGGCAAGGAGCUCCACGCUUACCCCGCAACCGACACGUCACCAGAGCAGCAGAGGGCCUACGACCUAUUGGCUGACUUUCCAGCUCUACAACCCCCAGAGAACCCUUUAGCCCUGGGCGACAUGUGUCAUGGGAAUCCCACGACUACAACCGCAGAAGCAGAGAGAGGUCCUACCCUCUCACCAAAUCAUCGCCAAGGCAGCGCGGUUUCCCACAAGAGGAGAGUGGAAAACGUGCCCCAUGAGGUCUCCUCCAUCUGUUCAGGAGAUCAAAAAUCAGCACUGGGCCUUGAAACAUUUGGCUUGGUCAGCCAGUCCAACUCCCCCAGAGCUAGCUGUGAGAAAAUCAGGGCCAACAAGCAGCUGCCUCCUACAGUUGCAGGUACAGAUGGCGUGGGUGUCAAUGCCAGGUCCUGGGCUAGCGCUGCCAAGGCAGGCAUGAGGCAAGCAGCUGUCCCCCAGGAGAAAGCCAGACCUUGUACCUUUCAACACGCAGUUGCCAUUAGCAGAGCCAAAGGUCAGCGGUAUCCCACAUAAACCAGGCUAUCUAUCAUAACUGGUGCCCUUCAACUAUGCACUGCUUGUCUCUUCAGCUGUCCAUCAGCCUUU